GCUUGUGUAGGACUCUGCAUGGGAUUGUUUUCACUCAGCCUGAGAAGGCAGACCUCAGCUUACUCGCCACACAUGACAACAAACAGGCAAAUGAGACGGACAAACUCCUCUGUGUCUGUUUAAGUGACAUGUCGUAUCCCAGCACCGCCUCAGUCCCUCUGAAUAUUCUGGCUCCCAAAAGGAAGACCAAGAAGAAACAUUUUGUGCAGCAGAAAGUGGAGGUUUUCCGAGCAAGCAAACCUGUGCUGAGUGUGCUGAUGUGGGGAGUCAAUCAUUCAAUGAAUGACCUGAGCCAGGUGCCUGUUCCUGUAAUACUGCUUCCAGAUGACUUCAAAGCCAGCACCAAGAUCAAAGUUACCAACCACCUCUUCAACAAAGAGAAUCUUCCAGCACAGUUUAAAUUCAAAGAGUACUGCCCGCAGGUGUUCAGAAACCUCAGAGAGCGCUUUGGAAUUAAGGACCAAGACUACCAGGUAUCUGUGACCCGCAGUCCUCCAGUCAAAAAUGAAGAGAGGCAGACAGCCGGACUGCUGCUGACCACAUUUGACCGAAGUUUGGUUGUAAAAGAAAUCUCCAGUGAGGAAGUUGAGGAAAUCCAUAGCAUCCUCUCUGAGUAUCACCAGCACAUUGCCACCUGCCACGGCAGCACGUUGCUUCCUCAGUUCCUGGCCAUGUACAGAGUCACAGUGGAGAGCGAGGACACUCAUUUACUGGUUAUGAGGAAUGUGUUCAGCCACAGACUGCACAUUCACACAAAGUAUGUCCUCAAGGUGAAAGACCUGCCAACUUAUAAGGACAAUGACUUCAAAAAUAGCAUGCAAAAAGUUUAUGUGAGUGAUGCGGAGAAGAAAAAGUUUAUGGACAAGCUCAUCAGAGAUACUGAGUUUCUGGUACGAAUGCGGAUCAUGGACUACAGUCUCCUGCUGGGUAUUCAUGAUGUGGAACGGGCAGAAAAGGAGGAGGAGGAGGAAAUGGAGUCAUCCUGUGAGGAGGAUGAGAACAGUCUGGCUCUUAAUCCGGGUUCCCUCUCACCUGAAGGGAUCGCUGGAUACAUUAACUCAUUUAAGCCCAUGGGCCCUGGAGAGUUUGAUCCUUACGUCGAUGUAUAUGCCAUUCAGAGCACCGUAGGUGCACCCCAGAGGGAGGUGUAUUUUAUGGGUCUGACUGAUGUGCUGAUGCAUUAUGACACCAAGAAGAAAGCUGCUCACGCUGCAAAGCCUGUCAAACAUGGGGCAGGGGUGGAAAUCUCAACAACUCACCCUGAGCAAUACACAAAACGGUUCAGAGACUUUAUCCCUAAGAUCUUUGCUUAGUUCAGUGGUUCAGGAUGCAGAAGGCUUUUUGCUGUCAACAGAGAAACACAAUUUUAUUCCUUUUUUUGUAGUGAUUUA